UGAGUCCGCAUCGGACACUGAACAAACGCAGCCAGCAGGAACCAACUUGGCAACUCCCAACUCUUUGAUCAUGCUCCUCUCUCGUAUUUCAGCUCGUUCCGCUCUUCGUGGUGUUCGUUUUUCUUCUUCUCAUGCUCCCCCUCAACCCGGAUCUACCGUUCCCUUCUAUGUAUCCAAAAAGGCAAUUCCUUCUAUGCUUUUCUUUGGAAGCUUUGGCUUCGUCUUGGCUCUUCCAUUGAUUGUCGUUAAAUAUCAAAACCGCAAUGCUUAAGCGAUUUCUUUCAAAUGAAUGAAUCCGUAUGGUUGGCAUGCUUUUUCUUAUAUACUCUCUCAAGCAAUCGAAACCUUUCUCAUUUUAUCUUUGUGUCUACUAGAGACCACCUUGUACUUCAGUCCCUGUAAUUCUUCCUACUUUUGUAAGAGGUAAAAGAACGUAUUGUAUUGCUUCUAAGAAUUAAAAUUAAAAUCUAAGGUGAAAUAAACAUUCA